CGUGAGAGCCACUUCGCCAUGUUAUCAAGCCAAAGCUGAGAACCUCUGUCACAUCUAGGACGAGAGAAUAAUCAUUGCACGGUGAUUAGAAGCACCAUCCGCCAACUGAAUCUAACCUCGUUGUUUUCUUUGUAAGAAUCCGGUUAGUAGUUUUACCGGCCGGCACGCAGCUGGCCGAGACGUUUCCUGACUUUUCCCUCAUCGACUAACAGGCCGCAGCAGCUGCCAUGGAUUUUUAAGGCAUAAUGCGGCGACUCUAGCAAUGGCAAUGCAUCAGGCAAAGCAAACAGAACUGCGAGAUUCCAUCCUCGCAACUGCCAAGCAGUUGGGCUCCAGCACCGUCCGCGGUAUCCCUGUGAGCCAACCGGUCCCCCUUCUCCUGGACCGGAGGAAGCUAACGCUACCUAGCUAGCCAUUUAUAGCUUAUAGCAUCGAGCUAAGAAUUAUCCAUCGAUUCAUCUAAACGUUGUCAACACUUUCGAUCUAAAAAAAUGAAGCCUCAAGACCUCAUCACCGGGAAGACCAGCCUGUGGAUCUUCGGGUACGGGUCGCUGGUGUGGAAACCUGACUUCAGGUACAAGAGGAGCAAGGUCGGGUACAUUCAAGGCUACAAGAGACGUUUCUGGCACGGAGACAACUUCCAUCGCGGCAACGACGAGUUGCCCGGAAGAGUGGUGACGCUGAUUGAAGACGAUGACGCGAGCACAUGGGGCGUGGCGUUCGAGGUGACAGGCUCCCAGGUAGAGGAGGCCCUAAAGUACCUCAAUGUGCGUGAGGCAGUCUGCGGCGGCUACAACACCAAGAUGGUGGAUUUCUUCCCCGAGGGGGAGGAUGAGCAUCCAGUUCAGGCAAUGCUGUACAUUGCCACCCCAGACAACCCCCUCUACCUUGGGCCAGCCAGCCCGGAGAAGAUUGGUAUGCAGAUCGCUGUAAGCAGAGGGAAGACGGGCCACAACCUGGAGUAUCUGCUCCGGCUGGCUGAGUUCAUGAGGAGCAGCUGCCCACAUGUCGAGGACCACCACCUGUACUCCAUCGAGGCGGCCGCGCUGACCGUGGUGUCCUGUCUGUUAGCAGCCCAGUAGCUCGUACCCGGUGUCUCACUAGCUUAGAUAGUGGAUGAAUACAUGUACAAACAAACAUACACAACACUGAGGCUUUCCACCUUUCAUGCCAAUCCCAUGUGUUUAUGUUGUGAAACCUACUUCACACUAACAUCCGGUGUACUUGAAUCGAUUAAACACUACUAAAACGUUCAGAGGGAAGCAUUAUUGUGUGUGGGUUUUUUUCCUGAAGCAUGACCUCAUGUUAUCUACAUGGUUGUACAUCAGUUAAAAUGUGUACGAUUACUGGUUUCCUCUAUGACUGUAAACCUGUGCUGUUCAGUUUCUUUGUUCUUUUUACAA